AUGGCUCGCUUCUCCUGCCUCCUCCUUGUCGCCGCCAUGCUCCCCUUCGUAUUUGCUACCGGUGAAAGUUCGUCGGACUGCAACGACGACGAGUUCAUGUACGAGGCCAAAUCGUGCUGUGUGAAGUACGGCGGUACCCCCAGCCCGCCUACUCCUCCCGCAGGCACCCAGUGCCCCUCGAGCGGCUGGGAAUACCACACGGGCAAGCAGUGCUGCGUUCCCCAUCAGCCCAUCAGCAACCAGCCUCCUCCCCAGUGCAACAACGGUUGGGAGUGGAAUGACGGUUCAUCCACGUGCUGCCAGUCUGGUGGUUCUUCGCCGGUGUCGUUGUCGCCGCCCAAGCCGUCGGGUAAGAAGAGCUCGCCGGGCAAGUCGCACAAGCGUAACACCAUGGCUCGUCGCAACGUGCUCUGCCCCAAUCCUUUGGAGGCGUGCCCUAUCAUGGGCCUUGGUGGACUUACGGGUGACUAUGAGUGUUUGGACCCCCAGUCCGAGCUCGAGUCAUGCGGUGGAUGUGCCUCCACUGGCGCUGGGAAGGACUGCACUGCCAUUGCAGGUGUUUGGAACGUUGGUUGUGAGCAAGGCCGUUGCGCAAUCUACACCUGCGCAACGGGUUAUAAGCUGGCAGCCGAUGGCCAGUCAUGCGCUGCAUUCUAG